AUCUGCGCAGACGGACGUGCGCACACAUCGCGGUUGUGAACGCCAUUGUUGGACGUUUUGACUGGACUGGUGAUAAUUAAAAAAAAAAAGGCAAUCCAUGUAAUAAUAGAGUAAGCACUGUCGUAGCCAGAAAGGUGCGGGAUUAUUGGGAUUGUUUUAGUGUGGUAGCGGCAGUAAUUAAUUCGUUAAAGAAGUGGUGCGCGUCGCGCCAAGGACGGCGACAGUUCGGUGCAUUUCGGCUGGUGCAAUUAAAUUCAACAGAUAUUAUUAUUAUUAUUGUGUAUGUGUUGUGUGUGUAUUUCGGAGUGACGUGCGUGAGACUGUGUGAGUGUGUCGGGGUUUUGAAAGUCGCAACGGAAUACAAAUAUCGCCCCUGCUUUAAGUUUAUAGUCAAUGUCAGCAGGCGUGUCAGAUCAGCGGAUGAAAGGUCAAGGAAAUACAGUGUCCAAUGGCCCUAAAGAGCAGUUAGGUGCGGGUGAAGGUGCUAGUGGUGCUGAAGAGUUUGAACCAUGGAGGUCCCAACAACAGAACUCGGCAGCUCACACUGCAUAUGGAACAUCUGCCCCUAUCUCGAGUGCCACGGACCUUUACAACAUGAGCACAGGUUAUUAUGGAAGCGGAGCGACCUAUCCGUAUCAAGCGUACGGAGUCGGCGACGGGACCUGGUCAAACGGAUCAGCAGAUCCAGUGACAUAUCUAAGCGGAUACCAUCACGAUUCUUAUUCGAUGGACGGAAUGUUCGGCCCUUCGACAACCUUCUCAACGGCGACGCCAUUCGGACAGCCUUCCUCGUUCAACUACUUCCACAGCAACGGCGAUUACAGCACGUGGGGUGGAAGUCAGAUCGGGCAACGGAAGUACGACGAUUAUUACAGAGACCAAAACAUGUACACUCAAUCUAUGCCAGAUACGUUGAAAAAUGUAGAGCAGGCAAUGCAAAAUUUAGAUUUAAAAGUAGACACUAAAGAGUUGGGCCAACCGAAGAAGAUGACGUGGGCGAGCAUAGCCAGUCAGCCGGCGAAACCCCAACUGACUAUCCAGAACCAGGGACUCAAGAAGAAAGGUCCCGGCAUGCCUCCGGGUCCCAUCAUCCCUGGCAAACACAACAUGGAUAUUGGUACGUGGGACACGAGCAAAUCCACUCCGCCCCAGAUGCCUGUCGUCAAUAACACAGUACCAAAAACUAUGGCUCCCAAUAUUGCCGUUAGACCGGCUUGGACCGGACCUCCUACAAACAGGGGUCCACCGGCAGCGCCUCGUCCUGGGCCACCUCCACAUCCGAUGCAGUCAUAUCAGCCAGCUCUAAUGGCUCAACAUAUGCCUCCACCAGUGAGUAUGCCAGCAGGUGGUCACGUCCAAAACAUGAUGCCGCAGGGUCCGAUGCCCGUGAUGGUAGCAACAACACCGGCUCCAACGCAUCCUGUACUGGACGAGCUGCGAGGCAAGAACAACUACAACCCAUCAGACUUCGACCUGACAGCCCCGAAUGCCAGAUUCUUUGUCAUCAAGUCGUACUCGGAGGACGACAUCCAUCGCAGCAUCAAAUACGAAAUCUGGUGCAGCACCGAGCACGGGAACAAGCGUCUGGAUCAGGCGUUUCGUGAGCGUGAACCGAACGGUGCUGUUUUUCUGUUUUUCUCUGUGAACGGUUCGGGACACUUUUGCGGCAUGGCCCAAAUGGUGUCUGCUGUGGACUAUAACUCCAACAGUUCCGUGUGGUCGCAGGACAAGUGGAAGGGACAGUUUAAAGUGCGCUGGGUUUACGUUAAGGACGUUCCUAAUGUACAGUUGCGACACAUCCGGCUCGAAAACAACGAGAACAAACCGGUGACCAAUUCCAGGGACACUCAAGAAGUACCGCAUACAAAAGGAUUACAAGUUUUAAGGAUUGUGCAUUCUUAUCGUCAUUCGACGUCGAUAUUCGACGAUUUUAUCCACUACGAGAAGAGGCAGGAGGAGGAGGAUAACAAGAAGCAGCCGGAACCGGGGACCGUCAGUGCAGGUGGUGGUGGUAACCCGCCGAAGAAUAAUCAUGGACAUGGAGUUGGACACGAAGGCAGGGAGAGGAGUGAGCACGUCGGUGGAGGUGGAGGCGGCGGAAGCGGAGGUCGUGACCAUAGAGAGUACAGAGGCGGUCAUCGAAAUCACGACAGGGAUGGAAACGAGAGACCAGGACAUCAUAAUAGAAACCACGAACACGAGAGAGGAGGCGGCGAUAGAGAAAGGCACCACGAAAGAGGACAUCAUAAGGAUCGCGGUGAGAACAGUAGAGGACGUGGAGGCCGCGGCGGUCGCAACUAAAGAGACCCUUUCGAGGAACAUCAUUUCUUUUACAUGUGGCUAUAAAUAAGGAAAAAAAAAAUAAUAAUAUUACUUUAUCGCUUCUCACUCAUAGACUUCAAAAUUUAGGUAUCUUCGUACUUCGGUUUAUUUUCCGUAACAAAUUAAUUAACGCGCAGCAAGGUUUUGCUCGAUUACAUUUACAUGAUUUUUUUUUCUUUCUUUUGAAUUCGCUUUUCGCUUUAGAUUCUUCUAUUAAUUCUUUAUUACCUCUUCCCUUUUUGGAUUAAGCAUGUUAAUGUGAAUAAGCUUAAAACUAUAUGUAAUUACUUUGAUUAUAUAAUUUUAUAUAUAUAUAUUUUAUUGUUUUUUGCGAGAAGAGUCUAUGUGGUUUAGUAUAUAUAUAUAAAUACGUAUAUACAUUUAUUGAUUAUAUAAAUUCGAAGGAAGGAAAGAUGUGGCGAGAAUGGAAAAAAAACAAGAGUGACAGACAGACAGACAGAGAGAUCAUUGUUAUCCUGGGACUUUUUUUUAAACUCACAAAACGAUUUUCUUUACUUGUGUUUGUAAAAUUUUUGCAGCUAAAUAAUUUCUCCUUUUAUUUUUCUGUGUGUGGGAUUAUCAAAGUUGGUUAGCUAUUAUAAUGUUAUAUAUACAAAAAUAUAUAUAUAAUUUUUAAAAUCUGGUAUUUGGAUUAUGUAGUGAACAAACAAACAAAAGAAAAGGACAUAACAUAUAUGAUUAUAGCUGUACUAUAAUUUAAAAAAAAGAAAACAAUAACAAGUUAAACAAUUAAUUAAUUAAUUAUGAACUUUUUUUAGUGGAGCCUAUUUUUCGGAUCGGGCUUGACUAUUAUUAUUUCUGUUUGUAUUAAUUUUUUUUUAAACUGAUUAUAUUAUAAUUUUUUUUUUUGUUGAAGUGCAGUGCGCAGUUUUAUGUAAUUAACAGAGAUCGAGGAAAAAAAAAAUUGUAUAUGGUGAAACAUGCAAGUUAUCUAAGAGGAAAAAAAAAGAAAAGAAAGUAAAAUGCAGAUGGAAAGAACUAUGAUUGUGUGAACUUUAAAAGAAAAAUUGUAUAGAAUAUUUUAUAUAUAUACACGUCUAUAUAUGAAAAAUUAAAACAAGAAAAAAAAAAUUAUAAGUGAUUGUUAAUUUCUACUUUUCGCUCCGGGACAAAUUUAUUUUUGUGAAGUGCUUAUAUAUAAAUAUAUAAUAAAAAAAAUAAUUAUAUAUAUAAAUAAAUGAAACAACAACAAAAUAAAUAUUGAUGGACAGGCAACGAAACACAUCAACACAUUCUCCUCCAAAUAUAUGUAUAAAAAAAGAAUUAAACCCAAAUUUGUAUAAAAAA